AUGACGGGAACUCAGCGAGGGAUUCUGCGCAUGCGCGCGCGGACGGUAGACGCGCCCUUGUCAGAGCCGCCGCCGCCGCCGCGACCACCACCGCGAGUACGAGCACUCGUGCCGGUAUCCCCCGCUGCGGCGGCCGCCGGAAGUCACGUCCCGCAGCCUGUGUUGCACCUCACCCCACCCCUUCCCACCCCCGACCUGGACAGAGGCCAGGCGGCUCACCACCACUUUGCAUACCGCGCUCAUUCCUUCCGUGUUGGUCUUCCUGUUGCAUCACAGGCCACACGGUGGAAGACAAGCAUUCGCUUCGUGCUUGGGGCGGAGCUGGUGCACCUGCGCGCGGAGCUGGUGGAGGCGGUGGCGCGGCGCGGCUCGCUGGAGGAGGAGCUGCACGCGCUGCUGCUGCGGCUGCACGCCAUCCAGCUCCAGAGGCUGCCCGGCGCCGCGCCGCUGGACGCAGACGCCGAACGCAUCCGCCGCCGCCUCGAGGAGGAGCUGCAGAGGUCGCCCUCCCGCCAGCAGCGCUCCAAUAAAGAUGGCAGUCUUCAACUGGGCUUAGCUGAAGUAGCAACAUUACAGAGUGAAGCAGUACAACUGAGACGAGAGAAUACUGCUCUGCGCAACACACUUCUUGCACUCCACUCCGAGCUCUAUGGUGCUAAAUUAGCUGCGAAGUAUCUUGAUAAGGAACUGGCUGGCAGGAUCCAGCAGCUCCAAUUGUUGGGACGAGAGAUGCGUGGUGAAAUACGGGAUAAACUGUGGAGGCAGCUUGAGGCAGAGAUACUACUGCAUAGGCACAAAACGGUUGUAAGGGCAUGUCGAAGUCGGAAUGCUGGAUCAGGUUCCUCUGGUCCACCACUGAAUACCUCCCAGUCACAUUCACAGCCACAGCAGCAUCAGCCAUCAUCUCCACAACAACAAGAACAGAACCAGCAUCAGCAAAAACAACACCAGCAGCAAGAACAGCAGGAACAGCAGCAGUCCAGUGCAUCAGAGAAGGCUGCUGCAGAAGUAGCCAGCACUAGCUGUGGGUCACAGGGAAUUGGUGAGCCACGGACUGUUACUGUGCGGAGGGAGCCAGGUGAAGGCCUUGGGAUAUCCAUCACGGGUGGUAGGGAGCAUGGAGUUCCAAUUCUCAUAUCUGAACUAGACCCUGAUGGACCUGCAGCAAGAUGUGGCAACUUAUAUGUAGGUGAUGCAGUGCUGUGUGUUAAUAGUAUUGAUCUCAGACAGGCUUGCCACCAAGAGGCUGUGGAAAUCCUAUCAGCCCAAACAGGUGAUAUCACUCUUGAAGUACAAUAUGUAUCAACUGAAGACAGUGAUGAAGACAACUCCCUGGGAGAAGAUUUAUAUGGAUUCCGGUACAGAUUUUUUGAUGAUGAGGUUCUAGAUGGAAGCGAUCCCGUCACCCUGCAUCCAUUACAGAAUGGUUAUAUCAGCUAUAAAAAUAAUACUGAUUGUGCAUUAAUAACAACACCUACUGCACCAAGGACACCAGAAUCACCAAAUGAACAACACAGGAAUUACUCAGACUGCAGCAUCCCGGGAAGUCCAUUGAUGAAUGAAAAGGAACAGCUUGAGCCACAUUCUGCUGGAGACCAUGAAGCUGGCUUUGCAGAACAGCUUUCAUCUUCUUUUGCUGUUAGCUGUUCCACAAAUUCUCCUAGCCACUCAGAUACAAAUUUCUCUGCUGUGAACAUGGAUCCUUCUCCAUAUUCACCAAUGCAAGUUUCAACAGAUGGCAGGUCGUCUGUGAGUGAAGAUUCAUUGGUCAGGAGUCCUAUUAAAGACCACACAGGCCAAAAUUACUACAAAGAUAGUGACACAAGCAUCUCUGUUCCAUCAACUCCAAACAACAAUAAUAACAGACAGUCGGUCACUAAUGAAGAUGACAAGCACAAUUUGAUGAACAUUGGUGUCACCACAUUACAACAUAUAUUUGGAAACACAUUCCCUAAUCCCUCUGCAUCACCAGACACAAAAAACCACAUUUCAUCUGAUGCAGUAGACAGUGUUUCACUAGGAAGUGUUAUUCUUGAUUCAAAUAAGAACAGUUUAGAGAAUACUGCUACCACUGGUGCCAAACAUGAUGAUGUGCAGAGACAUUCUGCAAAAAUUAAGAAGACCUCUAGUAUAGAUUCAACAAGUGAUCAAUCUCCAGGUGAAACAUCAAGUUUGACAUCUGAAAAGUGCCGAAGCAAAUCUAGGGAAAGUCAAAAGACUCGAGGGCACAAAAAGCGUUCAGCAGGGACUUCUGUUGUGGAAACCCAUGGACAAAGAACUGGUAGGAGUAGUACAGGGGUGACAAAGUUUGCAGAUACUGGUCACAGAAGUGGGAGGGCACAACGCCUUGCACAAGACAUCUCUCCUCCUUCAGUUAGUGGAUCUUCUCGCUCUGUGGGUACUGACAGUUUUGGUGACCCUGAUUUUGGUACUCCAGUCUGACACAACUCACAGAAAUGUGAAUUUUGACUGAACAUAGCAUAUGCUACACCCCGUCCAUGGUGUCCAUCCACUGCCACGUCUACCCUGCUGAACCUAUGGAGGGUGCGGUGAAUCUAGUUUCAGAACUUCCGUUCUGUAGAAUAACAUAUGCUGUGUGCUAGCAACUAUUUGAAAAUGCAUUCCUCCCUCCAUUUCAAGCAGCUGAACCUUAUUUUCCAUGACAUUUUUGAAAAACAUAGUAGUACAUAUUACCACAGUAUGUUAGGAUUAUAAUACUUAUUUUCAUUCCAUUUGUCUCACUUGAAGGCAAUUUUUGAAGUACAACUGCUUUAGAAGCUUCUCUGAUUAAAUAUAUUUUGGAUACAGUCAUAGCAAGAUUAAGAAUUGUAACUCUGUGGGAUGUACAAUAAUGUGUUUGCACACUUAAUAUCUACACAUUUUGUACUUUUACUCUUGUGUUACAUAUGUCAUUAGCCUUUAAAUGAUCCUUGAGGAACUAGAAACUAAGUAGACCUUUUGAAUAAAGUGUUAAUGUUGUUUCAUCAACUGCAGUUGUUUUAAGGUUGCAGUUAUCCAUUUUAUAUCUUCUGUGGUUUCUACUGAAUGGAGCAAUUUUAGCAAUACCUUUGUUCUUCAUUGUGAAGUAAAAGUAAGUAAAUGCAAGUUGUGUAACUCUCAGUUUCUAUUUCUCACACGAUACAAAUUUUUGAGAGAACAUUUUCUUGGCCAAGCUUUCUUGCAAAGCAUUAUUGCAUUUGCAUUCAAUGCGUUUUGCAAAAGCAGUGUAUCAGUAAAAUAACAGGUUAAGUCAUUGAAAAAUAAAUCAGGUUUUGCUAUCUGAUUGAGAAAUAGUGUUUGAGAUUUGCAUAUAGCACAUUAUAUAAAACUAUGCAAUAUGUCUCAUGUAAUUCUUCUCUUAAAUAUAAACAUCUAUCUUUCUCUCUUGUAGGUAAAAUGAUGUAAGGUGUGAUUAUACAGCACUAAAUUUUGUAAAUAGGAUAUAUUUGUUAAUUUUUAUUUAAGACAGGUUAUUGUGUAUCUCCUGUAGCUCAUUUGUAUUGAAUAGUGUUCUUACUUUAUUUUCAUAUGGACACUGAAAGAGUGAUUACUUGGUGCUCUGUUACUGGUCAGUACUGUUGCCCUUACAGAAAUGUCUGUAUAAUAAUUACAAAGUGUAAAGUUAAUUCUGUUUUUAGCAGCUCUUUGUGUGCCUCCACCACAGCUUUAGCUUGUCAGGUAAAUGAUGAAAUCUGAUUUUCAAAUCUGAUUGGAUGCCCAAUAUAUCUGAAGUUUACUUUAAUUUGUUAGAUACAUAAAAUUUUAAUAAACAAUAAAUUCCCUAGUGAACAGAAAUGGGAACUGGGAAUGAAGUCUUACUUAAUGACAACUGAAACUGUGUGUUUAGUUGUUUCAGUUGAUUUUUAAAGCCAGUAAUAAGAUUUUUCAACUUAAGUGUGGGGGUUUUCAAAACUUACUAAGGAGAAUUAAAACAGGAAGACACAGGUAGUCCUGAGUGAAAGGUUAUUUGUCAGACAUAGCUAUCAGGUUCAGUGGGUGUCGUAGGAAAAGACAUGGCACAAUAACAUGCCAAGUGAAUGGAGAAAUAUAUUGUAUCUCUUUGGGGUAUAUAUUGUUUGGGAUAUACAGCUGAAACAGGUAUUAACUGUAAUCUCAAACUCUUGGUGUAAAGCCCAGAAAAAAAUUGAAAUGAAAAAGAGCCUAAAAAGGUCGUAGAAGAGAUUUGUAGUAACAGUGCAAGAGACUGCAAACAGGAAUUUUGAUGUGCAAACAAAGAUUACCAACAUAAAGGCCUAAACAAGGAAAUGCAUUAGAGAGUUUUUCACAUUGUCAGAAUGCACAUAGAUUAUUGAAAUUUAAUGAACAAAUUGCCAUGUCAUAAGAAAAUUAUAUUAUUUAAUGUCACUAUGCUAUUAAGUACACUACUAAUUAGCACUUGUUGUUGAUUUUCCUAUGUGAAAUGUGACUGAGAAACUACAUAUACAGCGCUAGAAGAUGUGAGUGCCCUCUCAUAAAUAACUCUUCUGAACAAUGUCCUUUUUAUUACUAAUUUUGUACUUGGAUUGUCUAAGUAGCAAUAAUGUUGAUUAAAUACCAUAAGUGGAAGCAUUAUGACAGCUCAGUCUUAUUGAUGAAUACUCCAGUUUAUUUUCUUUCCACAGCAGUGUGGCACAUUAUAACAGUAACAGCUUGGAUCUGUACCAGUCAUCAGAUACAAAACUGUAUCUCUCUCAUGAAUAAAUAAUGUCCUUGCCAUAAUACAACAGUACAUUUUCACUUACAACAUUUCUGACAUCUGCUGUUAAGAAAGCUAUCUGUUUUUGCCGUGAUAUCAUCAAUCUGGGCAAGAUGAAAUGAAAUAAUUGUCAUUGCAAGAAGACUAUGCCAUUGGCUUGCUUGUAAACAAGCAGAAGGUAGCCUGAUGCAGUUAACAUAACUUACUGCAAAUUGAAGCUUAUAUUUAAGUCUACAAUUACUUGUACUGCUGUAACUGACGAAACUCUCUCUCUCUCUCUCUCUCUCUCUCUCUCUCUCUCUGUUUAUUGAUACUUGCCAACUGCUUCAUUUUUUAUUAGAAAAUACCUCACAGAAAAUGUACAGCACAUGAUGUGACUACUGCAGCUACUCUUCUGCUCUUGGCAGUUUAAAUGCCCAAUUCAUGUUAUCUUUUGAGAACUAAUUUCAUUCUAAGUCAGCAUUAAAAAAACUCAAAUAAUUACAAUUCUACUUAGAAAUUCAAAAUCUGAAAUCUGACAGUCAGUUCCCUCACAAGCUUUACACAUACUACUGUACUCUUGUACUGAGCAAGAAGUUGGCCCAAAACCUAAGACUCAAAUUUAAAUAAAAAAUCUGAUAUUGGUUGAAGAAAAUGCACUGCAUGAAAUCCUGGCAGCUACAGAAAAUUUCAAUUUUUGCAUUACAUUGCCACUUUCUCAAUAUACUUUUAAUAUGUAAAUUACAAUAAAUUGUUAUUAAAUUUUGCUUUUGAUUAGGGAAAGCAGAUGUUUAUCAUAAAGAGACAAUGAUUUUAUUUGAUAUAUUUCACAAAAUUAUUGUAACGAAAAUCGUGACCUGAUCCUUGUUUUAUGCUAUUGUUGAUAAACAGAAACUGAAUUAACAAAACACAGAUUUGAUUCAGUUUUUAAAAUCCUGUUGCUGACCUGCAACAUAAAUAUUUGUAUAUAUUAUUUACUUGUAUUAUAAAUUUAUAACUGCAUGUAUUGAACU